CUUAGGGGCUACACAUGGUUCAAUUUGUAGAUUUUUCUUUUAUCGUGCAGACUUACUCCCAGACAAACCAACAGAUCUCAUUGCAACCAAAUCUGCAUCGACGUACCUCGAGAUAUCAUGGAAACAUCCCAAAAAAACUGGUGUAAAACUUGGUACAAAUAUCUCGAAUCCUCUUACAAGAUAUCUAUUGAUUUUGCUGAAGGAUACUAUGAUUGUUUUUGAUAAAACUCUGGAGGUAACUGACAAAAAACCGUACAACAUUACGAAUCUUGUUCCUUACGCAACGUAUAAAGUUAAUGUAACCGCUGGCAAUUCUGAAGGCUUUGGUAGAUCAACUACAGCUACUUUUAGAACUGCUGAAGAUGUUCCCGAAGGUCCACCUUUAAAUAUUCAAAUUGUCGCCUUAAGCAGUUCAUCGUUAUCAGUUACGUGGGAGCCACCAGAUAAGAACAAAACAAAUGGAAAGAUAGUCAGUUACACUGUUUGUAUUACACAUUUGGAGAAUGAAACCUGUUCAAUGAAGUAUAUGAUCAAGGAACAGCGUUUGGACAUAAAUCAAGUGAAACCAGGGACAAAAUAUUAUGUUCGUGUUUUAGCUUCUACAAUAGUGGGAUCUGGAUGUUACAGCAAUGUUACAUGGGUAUUUACAAAUGGAUUGGCACCUAAACUGUCCACACGGCAGAUUGGAAAUACGUUGACUUAUUUGUUGCAAAAUCCAAAUGUGGAAUAUCGAUAUUUCUAUGUAGUCGCGAUGAAAAAUGUCACAGAAGAGAGUCGAUUGCCUUCUAACUUUAAAAACACAGACUUAGUGACUUAUUCUAAGGCCAUAUCUUCCACACAACCAAUGCCGUAUAUUGUUGCUGUAGUCUCUCGCAGAGACUUUAAGCCUGAUUUUACACUUGGUCAUGGUGAAAACACAACACGGCGUUCCAAUAGUGAAAAUUAUUAUAAUGGCCCGUUGAAGAUUGGCACUAGCUACAAAAUAUUUCAGCGCGUUUUCAUAAAUGAUCAGGGUGAUUAUUAUUCCACUGACUGGAGUCCAGUGGCAGCAACUGCCCAAAAGCAUAAGUCUUCAGACGGUGGAAAAAUUGGAGCCAUUGCUGGUGCAGUUGUAGCUGCAAUUUUGCUCAUUAUUUUUGUCAUAUUGGUCAUUCUUUUUGUUAGGAUCAAUUCAAACUCUGCUACAGUGCAGUGAACUGCGUAUUGUAGUUAUUUGACGGCUACUAAAAGUUCUCAAAAAUGGGGGAAGUUGAAUUUUUUUCGCGAAAUUAUUAGACGUUUUCUGAAGUUUAACGUACUAUAGAAGAAUAUGAUUAAGCAUAGAAUUUUAUUUCCUUUUUAACUAUAAGAGUGAACGAGAGUGAAUGAUUCUGAAGAGUAUUUGAAAACAAUUUGGAACAUAAGAUCAAAUUUUGGGCUAAAGAUGUAGUCAAUAUUUGAAAUAGAAUAAUAGUUGUAAUACUUUUUAUCUAAGUACAUUAAAUAAGAAAUAAAGUUAAAUUACAAACAAA